CGCCUCCUCGCGCGAGCCCGCCGGAGCCGCUCGCCCUACCCCGCCGCCUCCUCGCUCGCGCGCGCCCGCCGGAGCCGCUUCCCUUCGUCGCUGCCCUCCCCGCACGCCUGCGCCGCCGCUCCCCUCUCCACGCGCAGCCCGCUCCGCCGCAUACCUCCGGCACUCCAUCCUCCACUCCCCGCACUUCUCUGAUGUAACCGCAUCCGUCUUCCCAGCUCUCCCCUUCUCUCUCUCGGUCUCGCCACGCGCCGCUCCUUUCUCCCUCAAUGGCUCCAGCCGCAUUGGACGCCGGCGGUUGGUGAGCAUCAGAAGGACAGCGCAUGCGUUUCAUCGUUGUCUUGUGAGGUGAGGUUUUCUUUGGUUAGCAGUAAAAAUCUGGUGAGUGGUGAGGUUUUAGGUCAUGUUUAGAUUCUACUAUUUCAGUAAUGCAAACUUGCCUGGUCACCACAUUGUAGGGACAAUAACUGAAGCCAAUAAUUACUUAAUUAGUAGGAAACGAGAUGUGCUGAAUCUGAUCUGAAUAUCUCAUGUAUAUAACCAUAUUUCUUGGGGUGCAGCUGACUAUGAUCCAGUGACUGAUGUUCACUCUUAAGUCGCAGAAUUGUGUGUUUAUAGGAGACCCGGCACAAGAGCAAAAUAGUUGUCUGAACACCACAGCCAAUGAUGUAUAUAUACAACCUUGUUUUAAUCAAGUGUGUGAUGUUGUCAAAUCUUGAGUAUGUUACUGAAAUACUGUGGUUCUGUGUUUUGUCUGACGACAUAUUGUGGUACUGAACGACCAACUAACUAAGCUUACCAACGACCAUUUUGUUUAAGGCCAACCCUAACUUGUUUUGUGCCCUAACUAACUAAACAUAUUAUGUUUCAGACUUUCAGUAGCUGUAGCCUGUAAGUUCUAAAUUUUGACUCCGAUCUUCUAACCUUUCAGUUGAACACUUGUCUAUCAUCACGAUUUAAUUCUUCCAUGGCUUAGUAGUAUCAACAGUUCAAUAAUACCUAGAUAUUAGUCCAUUUUGCUACAUUGUUAACUCAUUUGUCAUGAUAAGUUCAUAACUAAAUUGCAGGAGCUAAUUUGAAUUCAAUACAUUAUUUUCUUUGGUUAAGUGGGUCUUAGAUCAAUUUUUUGUUUGCAUAAAUGGAGUCAGGUUUACAUUUAUUUUUGCAUUCCAUUUACAUGUAAACUUUUUUUAUGCUCCUUCUCUUUGAUGAAUGGAGUCAUGUUUAUUUCUGAUUUUCAUGAAAAGUUGUUCGAGGUUACUGGAUCACAAUCCAUCCUGGAGCAGCCUUAUGAAAAGAAGUAGCUAAAUUUUCUAUGGGUAAAUAUUUAUUUAAAAUAUGGUGUGAAAUCUGUUUUCUUUCCUAAUGCACACGAAUAUUUGUCCAAGAAGAUGUUCUGCUGGAAUCUUUUAAUGGCCACAUGGUAAUUAGUAUUUGAGGGUUAACAGGGCAAAUGAGGCUUGCUGCAAUCGUUUGACUCUGAAUUUAUAAAGUUUUUAGGGUGCACAUGUCUUACAAAUUAGUUUACGCUGCUAUAAAUUUGAAGAGUUAGAGCAAAUUUGUAUAAAUUAAAUAAAUGAAAAUACACUACUGGGCAAAGCCCUGGUAGUAUUUCCAGUUAAAAAAAAAGAUUUAGAGCAAGCAAAAGGUAUGUUUGUACUUGGUUUCUUAUUCUGAUAGAGCUAGCAAGCAAGAUGUCCUGGAUGGAAUAUUGAUGACACCUUUGACUUCGUUUACUAAGAUUUGGUGCAUGCAUAACAGUGGGUCUAUCAUGUGGCCCUUGGGCACACAGCUUAUAUGGGUUGGUGCUGAUCAGUUUGCACUGCAGACCUUUGUUCCAUUAAAGGUAGCUACUAUGUAUACUGCGACCUCUUUUUAGUUUACUGUUCUAAUUGUCGUUUGGACUUCAUGCUAUUUAAAACAUGUCAAAUCAGUUAGACAAUUACCAUUCUUUGUAUCUGCAUUGCCAUUUUAUCCAUUGGUGCACUUGUUAGCAAAUGUUUUGAUGAGGACAUCAACACCAUCGAUACAUCCACGUCUCCCCAUGUACAGCAUGAUGGUCCUAUUACCCGCGCUCGUGCACGUCAACUAAAUUAUCAGGUGAGUUCUUUCUUGAGUUCAUAUUCCUCGUCUUUAUACCCCGGAGACGCGUGCACUCGUGUUUUACUCAGGAACGAUGGAGAGGAUCCAAUGGGAAGAGGAUUCGCGCGGGGUGGAUUCGGACUGCAGGGCAGCGCCAACUUCUGACGGCCGCCACGACUUCAUGCGAACUCCGAUUUGGGCGUGCAAGUACUUCAUGGAAAGCUUAUCAAGUCUACUUUCAAAUGGAUCCAGUCACAUGUCCAUAUCUGUUCUGGAGCGGCCGCAAUUGUCAUUUUACUCCCGACUAUUUUCUGUCCAUGGUGUUGCGUCACCUCUUUUGGCCCAAUGGACUGUGUAUCCAAGUUGGGCCCAUUAGGGGCGCGUCCUAGGGUUGGAGCACAACCCUAUGGUCGUUCUUCCCCUCUUCUUAUACCUCUAGUCGCCGCCAAGAACAUGCGGGUUCUUCCCCUCUUCUUCCCCUCUUCUUGCUACCGGCUCGCAGCGCGCGUGUUGGCUAAACCGCCCGUCUGCCUGUAAUCGGAACCCCACCAUAUCGUGUUUGAUAGUGAAACUUUCAUCUUUAUCUAGCAAUUUCAGUGCUUGUCCUACAUGUUCUUGCUUGUUCUUCGAUUGCUUGCAGGACGAGUGCCCUCGUGGCCGGGUUGACGCGCACCACAAGUUCGCGGCGACCAUUGGAGACGGUGUAUCGGUUGCUAAGGCGCAGCGUCUUUGGACAGUUGUAGUCGGGCCGUGAACGUCGUCUUCAUCUAAUCGAGUUAUCCCUUACCUCUCAUCAAAAGAUCGGGCCACAAACCCUAGCGGGUUCGCAUCAGGUGGUAUCAGAGCGUGGUUCAUCGGUGAGAGAAUUUACCCUUCCCUUCGUCAUUAAUUUUUUUUUCCUAUAGUCCAGAAAAGACCAACAAAAAAAAAUAGUAGAUUAGUUUUCCCGUGAUCCUAUAGACCAUUGUGCUUUUUUACUAGUACUGCUUAGUUAAGGCUUGUUGAGUUUUCGAUUGCAUCGGUUGUGUUAAUUUGCUGGUCUUAGUGUUAGGCGAUUAGAGUUUCGAGUUCUUGCCACCACCGUCACCACCGUCGCAGUCACCCACCAAAUCACUUUCUAUUUGUGUUUGAUCUGUUGCCGAUAGCUUUUGUGAGUUGCCUUGUAUCCUGCCGCCACUAGAAAGGAAAUAGAACCCUGAUUCGAGUGACCUUCCUUAAAACAGUCAUAUCUUUUUCAUACGGACUCGAAAUUAGGCUUAUAAUAUAUCCACGGACAUCUACAAAAAAAGUUACAUCCGAUUCUCCCCUGCUUUGCCGGGUUCGGCAAAUUUAAAAUCGCCAAAUUCCUCUUGCAAAAUUCUGUUUUUGUAGCGAGAAGCUUCGGGACCUAUUCGCAUAGAACUUUGAAAAAAUUCUACAAGCUUCAUACUUUGUCCGUUUGAGAUAAGAUUUUCUGUGGUUGGUUCUAGUGUGCUUCUGGUUGUGAAAAAAAUAUCAAAAAAAUAAAAAAAAAGUAGUGUCUCUCUCCUCAGCACUAGAGAGCAAGAAAAAAAAAAGAGGAUCCAGCGAGCACACCCCACCAUUCCCCCUUUGUCACCACCUUCCACCACCGGUUCUUGUUUUCGUUGCUGUUUGGGUUUGUGUUUUGUGGCGUCCUUUGUGGUUAGGCUCGCGUCUCUACUUUGACUAGCCUAGGACCAGCACUGUACACUAUACCCUUGAGCGAUUAUUCAAUUUGCUUUGGCUAACGUGGUUUCUAGUUUUCUCUUGAGCAUUGCUUUCAGCCCACCAACAGCUCCACCACAAACCCGACUACAGCUUGACAGGUCUUGUUGCUUCAGCACCGAUACACCUCGUUCCACGGUUGCUAACUUGUGGGUUGCUGUCCCCCUCCUGUGGGCAAGGUAAGAACUGGUAAGAGCUUGUGAGACAAGCUGCGAGUGAAGUGAGAGUGAGCGUCUUGCAAAAGCUACAUCCCAAUAGUUGUGUAGGGCUUACAUUACAUCGUCCGUUGUUUUGUUGUCCUUCAUUUCUAAACCAUGGCAGGUCCAGAGGAUAAAGAUGAGGAGGGUGCAUCUCAUUCCCCACGCACCAAAGGCAUCAUCCAAUACUUUACAAGGCAAGUGAAGCAGCACACAGAAGGACUUGAUACAGAUUUGCAGGUGACAAAUGAGAAGAUUGGACAAUUGGAGUCCACGCAGAUCUCCACCAACACUAAGCUUAUAGGGCUGGAGACAGCGGUCGCCCGCAUUGACACUAGCCUUGCUGCUCUUGUGAGGCAUUUUGAUGCUCUCAAUGCUGGAGGCAAUGGUGGGGGUAAUGACGAUGACAUUGACGGAGAGUACGUCGAGGAUAAUUUGGAGGAUGAAUAUAUUGCUGACACUGAACAAGAUGAUCGAGAUGCUCGAGAUCGUCGACGGCUACACAACAAUCGAUGAGGUAUGGGUGGUCGCCGCCGACGCGAGGUACGCAACAAUGAUGAUGCUUUUUCUAAAAUUAAAUUUAAGAUUCCUCCUUUUGAUGGAAAAUAUGAUACUGAUGCGUACCUCUCUUGGGAGAUUGCUGUUGACCAAAAAUUUGCAUGCCAUGAGUUUCCUGAGAACACUAGAGUUAGAGCUGCUACGAGUGAGUUCACCGAUUUUGCUUCGGUUUGGUGGAUAGAACAUGGCAAGAAAAAUCCUAAUAACAUGCCACAAACUUGGGAUGCUUUGAAACGGGUCAUGCGGGCUAGAUUUGUUCCUUCUUACUAUGCACGUGACUUGCUGAAUAGGUUGCAACAAUUGAGACAGGGUACGAAAAAUGUAGAGGAAUAUUAUCAGGAGUUACAAAUGGGCUUGCUUCGUUGUAAUUUAGAGGAAACUGAGGACGCUGCCAUGGCUAGAUUUUUGGGUGGGUUAAACCGCGAGAUUUAUGACAUCGUAGACUAUAAAGAUUACACUAAUAUGACCCGAUUGUUUCAUCUUGCUUGUAAGGCUGAAAGGGAAGUGCAGAGACGACGUGCUAGUGCCAAGGCUAAUUUUUCUGCAGGUAAAACUUCAUCAUGGCAGACACGCACCACUCCUCCGGCCGGCCGUACUGCUUCUCCAUCUUCCACACCCACAACCAGUCGAGCAGCACCUCCUCCAUCUAGUGACAAGUCAGCGACAAAGGCUGCUCAGCCAGCACCGAGUGCUUCUUCAAUGGCAUCCACAGGCCGAAUGAGAGAUGUUCAGUGCCACCGUUGCAAGGGCUUUGGGCAUGUGCAGCGUGACUGCCCUAGCAAGCGAGUUUUGGUAGUAAAAAACGAUGGUGAGUACUCCUCUGCUAGUGAUUUCGAUGAUGAUACACUUGCUUUGCUUGCGGCUGACCAUGCAGAUAAUGAGCCACCGGAAGAGCACAUUGGGGCUGCAUUUGCGGAUCACUAUGAGAGCCUCAUUGUGCAGCGUGUCCUUAGCGCACAAAUGGAGAAGGCGGAGCAAAAUCAGCGACACACGUUCCAAACAAAGUGUGUCGUCAAAGAGCGUUGUUGCCGCAUGAUCAUUGAUGGAGGUAGCUGCAACAACUUGGCUAGCAGCGAGAUGGUGGAGAAGCUUGCACUUAGCACCAAACCGCACCCACAUCCAUACUACAUCUAAUGGCUGAACAACAGUGGUAAGGCGAAGGUAACAAAA